AUGACACUGAAUCGCAAAGGUAGAGGCGCUAGAACUGUAAAGUCGUAUAUUUGUUUAUUUGUGUGUUUCGUAACUCGCGCGGUACACUUAGAGCUUGUCAGCGACUUAACGUCUGAAUCUAAUAUCCUAGCCCUAAAGCGCUUUAUAGGACGUAGAUCAAAACCCGCAGAAAUCCUCUCAGAUAACGGAAAAUGCUUUAUUGGUGCUAAGAACGAGCUCGGUAGUUUUUUAACAAGAUGCGCCGAUGACAUCUCGGAAUAUGCAACUAGGCAAAACAUUAACUUCAAAUUUAUACCGGCGUACAGUCCUCAUUUCGGUGGCUUGUGGGAGGCUGGAGUCAAAUCCACAAAAUACCACCUCACUCGCGUAGUAGGAAACGCGCAUCUUACCUUCGAAGAACUUACUACAGUUCUUACGCAAAUUGAAUCAAUUCUCAAUUCACGUCCCCUAUCACCUAUGUCUUCUGAUCCCCAAGAUUUCCUACCACUUAGUCCAGCCCACUUCCUCGUAGGAAGAUCAUUGACUGCACCAGUGUACGAAGACAUGCGACACAAUACCAGCACUUACAUCAGUCGUUAUCAACGGGUGGAACAGAUGCGACAUCACUUCUGGGAGAGAUGGUCAAAGGAGUACAUAUCGGAGCUUCAGACUAGAUGUAAAUGGAUGAACGGCGUCGACACGUUGCAGCCAGGCAUGAUGGUUGUCAUUAAAGACGAUAAUCUGCCUCCAUUGAAAUGGAACCUCGGACGCAUCGACGGAGUUGUUCCAGGCAAAGAUGGCAACUCACGGGUGGCAGAUAUUCGCACGGCAACGGGCAUAGUGAGGCGCUCAUUCGCUAAGAUCUGCCCACUGUUCAAAGAAGAAGAACUUAGGAACCUGACGAUUCCAAGGCCGGGGGCAUGUUAA